CUUUGCUGGCGGCUGGCGCACCUAGGCAAUCUUCAAUCAUCUUGUCGCUCGCUGCAUUUUGCACCUGUUCCGCAGCUGAAAAACAAAAAAGGAAAAAAAAAUCAUUCCGAGUCGACGCUGACAGUUGAUGUCAGUUGCGCUUUCGUUUAUCAUUUGAUUUUCAUUCGUUUUUUUAUUUUUCCUACGCUCGCUUUAUUAUUCGGUCAAUUCAGAUUUUUCUUGUCUCUCAUUCCAUUCCUGCCAGCAUUAUCAAACCAGAAAUUUAGAAAUCACAAUAUAAAGAAAAAAAAAACGAGGAAAAAAACAAGAUAAAACAAAAAAGUUUCAUAAGUAAAAAGAAUUGCCGCCAUUUUUCUUUUUUGUUUUUUUUUCUCGUUUCUUUUUUGUUUUCCCGUUUGUUUGUUUCCCCGCAGCAGUUCGGACUUUUAUUCCAUCAGCCGUGUGAGAGUGAGCGUGUGUGUGUGUGUGUGUGUGUGUGUGUGUGUGUGUGUCUUGCGCGCGCUGUGUAAGCUGGAGCACGGCCAGCAAUCAACUACUAUUCAUCUGGUCUUCAACGUGAACGAGAGACUCGGUGGCCGAUCUGCCCGGCUGAUAGGCAUUUGUGCUUCUUCAAUUGUUUUGCCGGCAAAACAAGCAACGCUUGUGUGUUCCGCAAGCGUGCCCGAUCCCUUUCGUUCUUAUUCAUCAAUCAAAAUCAUUCCCCCCCUUUUUUUUUUUUUUUUUUUUUUUUUCAGAUUCUUUGAUUUCGCAAGUCGACUGCCAAAUCAAUCGAAUUCUUCUCCAAGUGCUUUUCUUUUUGACGAGAAUUCGCCCCCACCCUGUUUUAUUCUUUCGGUAUUCACGUGCCAAUCGAACCACAUAUCCUUCGUGUUAGUAGCGUAAAACAAGAAUAGCGAUCGAGAAAAACAAAAAAAAGAGGGGAACAAUUAGAUAAGAAACCCUCGGGAUAAAAUUCCGCCGUGCGGAACUCAAUUUCAAUUUCCAUCAAAUUCUCACCUACCCCAUUGCAAAGACGAAUAUUAUCGUGUCGAUUUUUUUUCAAACUUAUUUCUUCCCAAUUGUGUCUGUGGUCUAGCAUAGUGUGUGUGUGUUUUUCAAGUGCGUUGUCUGUGUGUGUGUGUGUAAAUAUGCAUUUGUGGUCGGCUUCGCUCGUCUGCCUCCUGGUUGAGAUCGUCCUCCACGUCUGCGCAGUCGAUGUCUGGUGGGCGAGCGCCAGUCAAGCCAUGAUGGAACCGAUGCGUCUGUGUCGUCAGAGCCGUGCUCAGCACCUGGAACGCACAUCGUUGAGUGACAACGGGAGGCUCAGAGGCCGCCAAGUGGAAAUUUGCCGCAAGGAGCCGAAAGUGUUGCAGGAGAUCGUCAAAGGUGCCCAACUGGGUACCAAAGAGUGCCAACAUCAGUUCCGUAAUCGCCGCUGGAAUUGUACAACGGCCAGAAAGAGUCUGCGCAAAGUCAUCGCCAGAGAUACACGCGAAACGGCGUUCGUCAAUGCGAUCGUGGCAGCGGGAGUGACCUACACCGUAACGCAGGCGUGCAGUUCCGGCCACCUCCUGCAGUGUACCUGCGAUAAAACCAUCAAAGGCCUUUCCGCAGAUGGACAGUGGGAAUGGGGCGGUUGCGCCGACAACGUCCAGCACGGAUACAAGAAAUCGCGCGAGUUCAUGGACGCCAAGUACCGAAAACGAAGCGACCUCAAGACACAAGUCAUGCUGCACAACAACGAAGCCGGACGUCUGUCGGUCAAGAAUUUCAUGCGGACGGAAUGCAAAUGCCACGGUCUGUCUGGUUCGUGCACACUGCGCACCUGUUGGCGCAAGUUGCCUCUUUUCCGUGACGUCGCCACCAGGUUGAAAGAAAAAUUCGACGGUGCUGCCAAGGUCAUACCAGGUAACGACGGUAAAACCAUCAUUCCGGAAGUAGCUAGUAUUAAACCGCCGGGUCGUGAAGAUUUGAUCUAUUCGGAAGAAUCGCCGGAUUAUUGUAAUCCGGACCGAGUCACUGGAUCGCUGGGCACGGCCGGCAGGGUCUGCAACAGCACGUCACCUGGCGUCGAAGGCUGCGAAUUGUUGUGUUGCGGCCGAGGCUACGAAACGCGGACGACCAAGACCCGUGUCAACUGUCAUUGCCGUUUCAAAUGGUGUUGCGAGGUCACCUGCAAGAUCUGUACCGUCAAGAAACACGUCAACACCUGCCGCUGAUGUUUGAUACGUAGAACGGACAAUCAAACGUUUUGUUCAUCGGGCAGUCCCGUCAAUUGAGUCCCGUCCGUUACCUCUGAUACCCUCCAUUUGAUUGAAAUAUUUUCUCUGAUGGUGUUGUACAGUUUUGUCGUUUAUUUUUGGAUUAGUACUAUAACCCUAAUCCAUCCCUUUAUAACGUUUUGUGGAGAAAAAAAAAAAAGGAAAACUUUGCCAAGGUAUUUCGUUGGUUGGUUGUUGUUGUUUACCAAUGGAUGUCGUGUCGAUCGGUCAUAGAGAAAAACGACACGUUAACUUUUUUCAUAUGAAUUUGUUUUCCGUGUUAUGUGUUUUUUUUUUUUUUUAGAUUUCUCCUUUAAAUUGUUUGAAUAUAGUGAACGCCAUUUGACCAAUA